UGUCUACAUAUGUAUGUGCAUGUUUGGGGGUGCCCUGGGAGCUGGAGUAACAAGUAGUUGCAAGCCACCUGAUAUCCAUGCUCAGAAGCAAACUCAAGUGCUCUGCACGAACAGCAAGUGCUCAUAACUGCUCAGCCAUCUUUCCAGCCCCAUGAGGAGCUUUUACAAAACCUUCACAGUUAGGCUGACCAUAGGCUGAGCAUGAGCGAACAAGCUUGUGACCCAACUGCUAGUGUCAGAAGCAGUAGGGUUGGGUGUUCCAGGACAGCCUGGCACAGAAAAUGAGAAUAACAAAGAUUAAAGUGACACAGUAGCCACAUUUUGUUUGUUUUUCCUGUGAUUUUGCUUAAUGUUAUUACUGCUUUGGCAGAUCAACACUACAGCACUGAUUUUGUUUUGUUUGAAGUCGGGGGCUGUUGUGUUGAAAAUUGAACUUGGCCUUGUAUAUGCUUGGCAAGUGCUUGAUCACUAAGCCAUUUUCCCUGCCAUCACGAUGGCUUUUAAUGGCUGGACCUUUGUUCUCAACCUUUCAAGGUGAUAAAAGGACAUCUUAUUUUCUCAUUCUCAAGGUUCCAAUUAAUUCCUUGAGAAAUGGAUCCUACAGAUGGAAAGGAUGAAUAGAGCUUAGCAGAUUGGCCCACCAAUGAAUCAGGAAGACUUCAGUGCUGGAGCUCAGUAGUAGAGAGUGUGCUUAGCCUUCGUAAAGCCCUAACGUCAAUCUCCCACUAAAAAGAGUGAUGGCUGAAAUGGUUUUCAAAUCAUUUUUUGUAAUUAUAGCAGUCUGUCACACCUAGGAUAUCAUUCACAGGAGGUGAGCCCACACACUGAGCAUACCUAUACUUCAGCUGAGAUAGUAGGUGGUGAGUCACCACACCUGCUGAGAAUUAUUUCACAAUUGUAUGCUUUCUGUCAAUUCCAUGUUGGAAAAUAUAGCUGUGGGUAUAUUGUGCUACUUGAGUAUUAUAAAUUAUUCCUUAAUAUUUAUGGCCAGGUUUUGUUAAAGUAUAAAUGAAGUAGAUCAGGAAUUUAGGAAGGAUUUUGGUAAAUUAAGGCCUUACUAAUGCUGUAGGUAAUCUGAGAUCCAUCAUUUCCUGCCAUCCUGCACCUAGGUGUCUUUGCGGCAGUAGCCUCUUGACCAUGCACAGAAGCUGCUCAUCUUGCCAAACAGGGCACCGUGCACUUCCUUGGCUUUUCCCCAGGAAUGGGAGAACUAGAAACAGUAUGGCUGAGUAAGGAACACAACUUAUGCAGAUGCCAAAGCAUCUUUGGCUUUGGACUUCCCUGCUUUAACCAUUCUGUAGUUUAUGAAAUUAAUUUGUUAGGGCUAACCAUCAGCUUGAUAAUAGCCUUCAGAGUCACCUGAGAAGGGAGUCUCAAUUGAGAAAUUAUGAAGUUUGUAUUGGUCUAUUGACCUAUCUGUGAUGGACUGGCUUGACUCUUGAUUAUUGUGAUGUAGAAGGUCCUAGCCCACUGAGGGCAACACCAUUCCCUGGGCAGAUGGUCCUGGACUGUAAUAAAAAGCUAAUUAAGCAGAAGCCAGUGACUGAGUCAGCAAGCAGUGUUCCUCUGUGGUUUCUGCCUUGAGUUCCUCAAAAGGAGUGUCGUCCUUGUCUAUGAAAUGCAGUUAUCACAGCAGUUGGACCUGUUUCCUGAAUGCAGAGUGACCCUUCUGUUAUUUAAAGAUGUAAAAAAUGCAGGAGACUUGAAAAAAAAAGCUAUGAAUGGAUCUAUCAAUUGCUCGUUGAUAAACCCCAAUGUGAUCAUCGAUCCAUUUCAGAUACUUGUGGCAGCAAACAAAGCUGUUCAUCUCCACAAACUGGGAAAAAUGAAGACAAGGACUCUGUCUACUGAAAUUAUCUUCAACCUCUCCCCAAAUAACAAUAUUUCAGAGGCUUUGAAGAAAUUUGGUAUCUCGGAAAGUGCCACUUCAGUUCUCAUUGUUUACACUGAAGAGGGAGAGAAACAAAUAAACCAAGAACACCUAGUAUCUCAAGUGGAAGGCCAACAGGUUCCUUUGGAAUGUCUUCCAGAAAUAACAAAGCUCUCAGAAGUCAAAAAGAUAUAUAAACUGUCAUCACAAGAAGAGAGUAUCGGGACAUUAUUGGAUGGUAUCAUUUGUAGGAUGUCAACAAAGGAUGUUUUAUAAGAUGCCCAAAACAUCAACAGAAAAAUCUGAGUUAAUCACCAGCUGUUUUUUUCCUGGUUAUAAAAUUAACAUAUCACUGAAAAUGGGAAAAAGAAACCACUACUAGCCCUAUUUUGUUUUCACUUCUUAAAGACAGAACACUGUCGCUGUUUUUGUCAUUGUCUUCUAGUCUUCUGUUUGUAUUGGAAUAAAGUUUAUUAUUGUACAAUUGGAAUAAAAAAGUGCAAGCAUGUAGAUGGGCGUCGGUGGCUCACACCUGCAGUCCAAGCACUCGGGUGGCAGAAACAGGCGGAUCUCUGUGAGUUCAAGGACAGCCUGGUCCACUGCUUGAGUUCCAGGACAGUCUGUCUCCACAGCUACCGAGAUACCCUGUCUCAAAAAAACCAAAAAGAAAAGACAGUGCAAGCACCUAGUGAAGGCUACAGUGUUCAAGGCUCUUCCUCAGUAAUUGAUCCACCAGUUUGCAUCUCGCCUCGUGCUGCUGCUUCUCCACAUUGCCUCCUGAGCUUCUGAUCCUUAGUAUUUCAUGCAUAAGAAUUUCUUUAAGUCUCAACCUGGUAUGGUGACUCACUCCUACAGCCCAGGUACUCAGGAGGCUGAGGCAGGAGAAAGCCACAAGUUUGAGGUAAGCCUGAGAUAUGUCACUAGUUCCAGAUCAGCCUAAAUUACCAUGUCAAAUCCUAUCUCAGUAAACGAUUAAUAAAUCA